GGUAGGUAGGGGGGAGGGUGGUUUACAGGAGCAUUCAUAAGGGUAUAAGAGGGAAACCUCACUUUGUCCCACGUUUUAGUCUGUAUUGGAUUCAGUGAGCUGUAGACGUGGAGGACAGACAACAAUGUGGAAAGCUGUUUUUUUUGUGCUCCUGCUGCUAAACACGGACGUGCAGGUGAAUGGGGCUGUAGAUAAGAGUAGGGGGACUGUGGCAGAAAACCCCAGGCCAGAGAAGAAGGUGAAGGCAGAAGAAGCUGAAGGCACCAACACAGUUCCUGCAAGCAACUCUGCUUCCUCAGGUUUUGUGGGGAAAUUGCUGGUGGUCCCCAUGGAUGGGAGUCACUGGGUGGGUAUAAAGGCCCUUGCCCAAGAAAUGGGUCGGCGUGGACACCAGGUCACUGUGGUGAUACCAGAGAUUAGCGUACGGAUGGGUCCAGGGAAACACUACGACACUGUGACCUAUCCUGUUCCUUAUGAAAAGGCUUUUAUUGAUUUCGUCAUGUCCUCACACAAGGACAUAAUGAAGAAAUCUGCACAGCCUUUCGUGGAGAAGAUAAGGAAACGAUUCUCACAAAUGCAGAGAAUUACAAACUUUAUCCACACCACGGCGGAAAGCCUGCUGUUCAAUGCCAGUCUCAUCUCACAUCUGGCACAGCAGGGCUUUGAUGCCGUCUUAACAGAUCCCAUGGUGCCCACAGGCUCCUUAAUAGCUCGGAAAUUUGGUGUCCCCACUGUUAAUCUGCUGAGAGGAAUUCCAUGUUCCCUGGAUGUGAAGUCUGCAGGCUGCCCCUCCCCGCCCUCAUACGUGCCUCGCUUCUUCACCGGAUACACAGAUAAAAUGAGCUUCAAACAGAGGACUAUCAACACUUUGGUGGCUCUACUGGAGCCGCUGAUGUGCCGAGUGCUGUAUUGGCACUUUGACCACAUAGCUUAUCAGUUCCUGGGAGAGGAGGUGGGAAUUGCUGAAGUGCUGUCAGAAUCUGCCAUCUGGCUGCUGAGGACUGACGCCAUACUGGAGGUCCCACGCCCUCUCAUGCCUAAUAUGGUACAGGUUGGCGGAAUCAACUGCAACAUGAGAAAUCCUCUGCCUGAAGAUUUGAAGUCCUGGGUGUCAGGAGAGCAUGGGUUUAUAGUGUUCACUCUGGGCACCAUGGUGUCAGAUAUGCCAGAAGAGACAACCGCCGUCUUCCUAGAAGCCUUCAGACAGAUUCAACAGAAGGUGAUAUGGCGGUACACUGGGCAGGUUCCUGCUGGUGUCCCGGAAAAUGUGAAGAUGAUGGAAUGGGUGCCUCAGAAUGACCUACUAGCACAUCCUGGAGCUCGGGCUUUCAUCACUCACGCUGGCUCGCAUGGUCUCUUUGAGGGACUGUGUCACGCUGUUCCAAUGGUGAUGGUACCAAUUUCCGGGGACCAGCCGGACAACGCGCAGAAGCUGGCGAGCAAAGGAGCGGGAGUGGUGUUGGAUAUUUUUUCGAUCACUACAGAGAGCCUUCUUCAGGGGCUGAAUGACAUCAUCAAUGACACCAGGUAUAAAGAGAAUGUGCAGAAGCUGUCAACUCUCCAUAAAGACCGUCCAGUUGACCCACUGGAUCUUUCAGUGUUUUGGACAGAAUUUGUGAUGCGGCACAAAGGAGCAAAACAUCUCAGACCUGCUGUCCAUGACCUCAACUGGCUCCAGUACUUCUGCCUGGAUGUAAUAGCGCUACUGGCUACUGUAGUGUUGGUUUUUGUAAUACUGACAGUAAAAUGCUUGAAACUAUGCCUCAGGAAAUUGGGCAGGAAGAGGAAGCAGGACUAAUAUGGGGUUCCAUUUUCACCUUCAUCUCAGCAACGACACAGUUGAAGCCCCCCUCCACUUUCUUGUUCCUACAGUUGAAUGUUCUUCACUGUGCAGAGUGAUGUAUGUACAGUUUGACACUAGAAGGA